CGGAGGUGGCAGGGAGUGAUCAAUACCCCAGCAUCCAGCAGCACUGAGCGAGCGGUCCAGCGCCCAGCGGCGGCCCAGGUACACCUCCAGGUAAGGGCCCAUGACCGGUGAGCGGAUAUCUACGGUCUACACCUCAGCACAAUCCGAGCAUCCGGGAACAUUCUGGCUAAGAUUGUGAUGUUUCCGGGAGUCAUGGCUGCCCCCAACGGCCUUCUCACCGUGCUCCUGUGUUUUGCUCAAAUUUGUUGGUGUUACAACAAUCAAAAGAUCAACUACAGGGAGAAGGAGAAGCAAGUGCUGGAUCAGAUCCUCGGCCCUACAAGCUACGAUGCGAGAAUACGGCCCUCAGGUGUCAACGGGACAGAUGGUCCGGCCAUCGUGCGGGUUAACCUCUUUGUAAGGAGCAUAGCUACUAUUAGCGACAUCAAGAUGGAAUACAGUGUCCAGCUGACCUUCAGAGAGCAGUGGCUGGAUGAAAGACUCAAGUUUGAUGAUUUUAAAGGCAAGAUCAAGUAUUUAACACUAACAGAGGCAAACAGAGUGUGGAUGCCAGAUCUGUUCUUCUCCAAUGAGAAGGAGGGACACUUCCACAACAUCAUCAUGCCAAAUGUGUACAUCAGAAUAUUUCCAUAUGGUUCCGUCCUCUACAGUAUAAGAAUUUCAUUGACCCUGUCGUGCCCAAUGAACCUGAAACUGUAUCCACUGGAUAGGCAGGUGUGCUCUCUGCGAAUGGCCAGUUAUGGUUGGACUACGGAUGACCUUGUUUUUCUAUGGAAAGAAGGGGAUCCUGUGCAGGUGGUGAAAAAUUUGCAUUUGCCAAGAUUCACUCUGGAGAAGUUUCUGACAGAUUACUGCAACAGCAAAACCAACACAGGUGAAUACAGUUGCCUAAAGGUGGACUUGUUAUUCAAGAGAGAGUUCAGCUACUACCUGAUACAGAUCUACAUCCCCUGCUGCAUGUUGGUGAUAGUAUCCUGGGUGUCGUUCUGGCUAGACCAGAGCGCUGUACCUGCGAGAGUGUCCCUAGGAGUCACCACACUGCUGACAAUGGCCACUCAGACGUCCGGCAUCAACGCCUCCUUGCCUCCCGUCUCCUACACCAAGGCCAUUGAUGUCUGGACCGGAGUUUGCUUGACAUUUGUGUUUGGAGCGCUGUUAGAGUUUGCCCUGGUGAACUACGCUUCCAGGUCUGACAUGCACCGGGACAACAUUACAAAGCAGCGUCGAGCGUGCGAGAUGGAACACGCCACCAACGCUCAGUUGGAUGCGGCGGCUGACCUCCUGGAGGACGGAGGAGCCACUUUUGCUAUGUGUUUCCCGUCCACUCAAUUUCGGCUCUGCUCUUUCGCCCCGAUGUCUGAAAUAGAGAAGCCCCUGGUACGGCAGCCUGGGGACUCUUUAACGUUAGAGAAGAUGCAUUGUCAGGUGCACAUGCAGCAGCCCAAGCGACCCAGCUUCUGCCGCUCGUGGCUCUCCAAGUUUCCGACACGUUCGAAACGCAUUGAUGUAAUCUCUCGCAUCACCUUUCCUUUGGUAUUCGCUCUGUUCAACAUCACCUAUUGGUCUACUUAUCUGUUCCGAGAAGACAAAGAUGGUGAUUAGAGUGGUUGACUCACACGGUGGCUCAAAGGACCGGCUUUUCUACUUUUUUUAUACGGUUCACACGAUACAGAUUGAUUCACUAACCGAUAUCGCUUCGACCUUUUAUCUUUAUGACCGCUAGAUCUUUAGUUCAGGAGAGAAUUUGGAGCCAUUUUGCCUUGAAUAUGGUCUGGUCCACAGAUUUUAAAAAUAAAAGUGUUGAUUUUUUAUAACUAUCGAAUUAAAUUGAUGUGUAACAAUGAUUGUGCAAUGCCUCAACAGUGCAAAAAUGUACAUUUGAAAUGAAAGAUUCUUUGAUUAAAGUAGAAUCGGAGCGUUACUGUAAAAUGUAUUGAAAUGAUAUUCGGAUAAUUAGUGGCUGUUAAUGUGACAAUGUGUGCGAGUAGAGUGUUGUGCAUUUAUGGUACUUGAGAUUAACUGUUCACAAUUAAAGGGCUCAAUAUUGUUCUGUAAAAAUUACAUAUCUACAAUAAAGAAAUGUUGUCUAUGGGUUAGCAGUUCCAUUAGCCUAUGUACUACUUUGUGUAAAUAAAAAUGUACAAAGCAUUAGAUGUAAGUAAUUUGUACUGUAAAAGGUAUUAUCAUUAAACCACAGCUAUUCUGAAUCAUUUUCUUGAGCUAUUUUCCCAUGGUAACAUUUCACAGGGUAUUGAAGUUACUAAGGACAUGAGGUAAAAACACCUCCAUGUUGACCAUUGUACUUGUACCUAAAUUAUGUAAGCUAUAAAACGAAUAGAGAAAAAUGCCAUCUUAUGAAGAACAUAAUCUACUUUACACUUCAUUGUGUCAAAGUAAAUAGCCAUGAGUAAACCCAUUUAAACCAUAUUUAAGUUUAAGAAAAGAUCUUAAUGCUUAUCCUCGAUUACCUAUCUGUUUUAAUUGUAUCAUCAGCUUUUAUAAAAAGUUGUGUGCAAAUUAUUUACUUGAAUAAAAGUCAACAUUUAUUUGAUUUGCAACUGAUACAGGCAUAGUGGGACUGCUUCCUUUAGCGACACAGUACAAACUACAUUUUAAGAAUAAUGAGAACACACAGAGUUUUAUUUUAUUAUUUAAGUAUCAAAAUGCUCAUUUCAUUCAAGCUUAAUUCUAGUGUUUAAUUUCUUUAAACUUGAAUUGCAACAUCUUAAUCAUUAAAAAAUGUCAGUAUUGUGUCUUAGUUUGAUUGGUUACUCUGUUCAGAUCUGAAAAUGUUACUACCAUGAUAAAAACGUUUCACAUUUUUUUGUAAUUGCAAGAAAUCAUCAAAUAAAUUUGAAAAAUAUAUAAUUUUGUUUAUUAUUAUCUGAAUAACAUUUGUAGUCCUAUCUUAGUGAAAUGAAUAAGGUACCAUAGUUUAUUUUAAUGCUAAAUUUAAAAAUAUUGUCAUGAUAAAUGUCAACUUGUUGAUUGGAGGCCCUUGUAGAACAUCUGAUUGUUAUACUCAUGGUCUGUGCUCAAGCUAGACUGGCUGAUAUUUCCAACUGUACAAUUUCCUUAUGUCCAUAAUUAUAACUACUGUAACUUAUUGAACAAAUGUGAUCAAAUGAAGGUGGUUGAGUUGUGUAUCUGAUAAUGUAAUAGAACGAUUCUUGUUACUGUUGUAUCUUUGUUUAUAUGAAUAUGUUUAUACAAAAAUAUGUACAAAUAUAUAAAUAUAAAUAACUGAGCUUAAAGUAGAAUGUUUAGGCUAGAGGUUAUGUUCUGUUAUUUCUAAGAAUUAUAUAUUUAUUGUUCAUGUUUUAAAAGUCUUACUAAGUUGUCUUUACAUGUUAACCUAAUAUUAAAAUUAAUAAAUAAAACGAUAAAUGGUUUCAGACAAAUCUGUAUUGUGCUUGUUUCUAAAUUGUUAUACCAUUGUACCAUUUAAAUACAUCAAAGAUUCUUUUUUUAAACACAUUAAAGUAGUGUGUUAUUCAUACUUACCAAGAUUGUUGAAAAUUACUCAAGUAUAUAUAUUUGCACCAGGGGAUGCAAUCAUAAAAACCAAUCAAUUAAAGUCAAGCAAAUUUAACUUUCAGUACAAUAUAUCGGUUUAAUAUAAUAAAUAAAAACUAUGCAGUAUUAAUUUGUCUCCUUAGUCAAGUAUUAUCAAUAUUACUUGCAUAAAUAUAAUAUAGUAAGUUUUAUAUCUCUAACUGUAAAACUGACAAGAUUAACUUUCUGAAAUACUGGUUAGAUGUAUAAUGAGUUUUACAAGUUCUGUUAUCCUCUCACAGAUAGAAAAUACACUCCUGGCUGCUAGGAACCAAUGUGAUGUCAUUGCAGCCAAAUAAGAAACUUGUUCUUGUUGCUUAUUUUAAUGAAAAUCUCUUUUGUAUUUGUAUUAAACUGUGUGGCAGGAUAAAAAAAAAUAAUUUUAUUGUAAUUUAAACAUCUACAGAAUAUCAGAAUCAAAAGAUUAACUCAUGGAAAAGUAAACAAACAAACUAUAAAUCAAUGUUGUCAUAUAGUUAUGGCUAUACCUGUUGGCGUUAAAGAAACAUAAUACAACUUGUCUUCUAUCACCUUUUGAAAUUGAGAAGUGAUACGGAUGAUUUAUAAAUAAAAGCCAAUUUUUUUCAAUAUUUGUAAGACAUUUUUGAAAGAAAAAGAUACAUGAUGAAGAGAUACACACGCUUUUUAGUGUCAAAGCACAUUAUAUAUUUUACAUUUAAGUUCACUGUAAAAAUCUUUCAUCAUCUUUUUUUUACUUACAUUCAGUAACAGGUAUCAUCAAAAUUAAUCCUGAAUUUUAGAAAAAAUAACCAGCACAUUAACCAGCAGCAUUAUAUUAUUUAAUAUAAUUUGUAUGUUGUUGGUGUUGUUGGUGUUGUUUGAUCAAAACCAAUUAUUAAAAAAUCUAUUCCCUGCAAAUCCCUCUUUUUGACUAAGAUCUGUUCAUUUAUUUCAUUUUUGUAUAUUUUUAAACUUUCUUUUUUAAAUGUUUCUUUUAAUAAUUAAAAAAAAAACAUUUAAAUACUGUAAAAUGUAUAAGUUUGCACAAUCAAGCAACAAAAUGUCGUUAUACUCGCUCAGUUGUCAAUGUGUUUAUCCGCAUCAAUCACUCAACAAUUUGCAGUAAUUGUCAACUUAGAGAUGUUAGCUUAGCAAUAAGUUAAGUUAAGAUAGAACUAUCAAUGGAAUACCAGGGUUUAUACACUCACCGUUGGACACUGAUUUGUAAAUACAUCUACAACUAUAGAUUUUCCAUCUCAAGUGACAGGCAUUUUUAUUAUUGACAAAAAUAGGGUCGUUGUUUUGUACUUUUAUUUUUAAAUGUUACACAAAUGUAUGUAAGAUACUUCCCCGCAUGAAAUGUCAAUAACUACUGAUUAGUAAGCCACUUAUAAAAUGUUGCAUUGUUAUAGAAGUUCCAUUUUAUACUGUCAAUAACAGGUAAAAGCACCGCCCUAGGUGUGUCAGAAUUCUGACAGUGAUGGCUCAAAAAUUACUUAUAGCUUACAGUUAAAUAAAAACCUUAAUGUGACUAAACUUGUUUGAGUGAAGAAGUCAGCACAUGUUGUUGCGAAACAAUAUUAAAUAUUUUGCAAAUGGGCUACCUACUCGUUUGUCUGUAGUUUUUUUAGGACUAAAAAUGGUUUUGUAUAACAAAUUACCAAAAAUCUUCUUUAUAAGCUUACUUUAUGCAAAAGUAAAGUGUUUACAGAUAAAUUUUAAAAUGUAAUGUUCCUUAAAAUCUAGAAACACUAAGUCACUAAGGAAAUAUAUGGCCGAGUUAGGGUAAUCAUCAGUGUAUUUAUUAUUAAAUUACUAAUGUCAACAUUCGUGGCCAUUCUGGCUACAAAAUAAUUAUAUAAACCAAAUGUACCAGAAAUGUUAAAUAAGUUUUGUACAUUAUAAGCUUUGUGUAAAUUUUCAAUUUAAGGAAAGUAAAAUAAGCAAUAUGUGUUAUUAGCUUAUCAUAUGAAACCAUAAUUUGAACUUAAUUAUACAAAUUUUAAUAACAUUUUCAAUGGGUGUUGGCUUAUUAGAAUGAAAUUUUUCAAUUGACUUGCUGAAAAUAUAAACAUUAAAACAUGUUUAUAUUCACAAAAUAUUUUCAAUAACUAUUCAAGUCUUUGGACGCUGUAUCAAAUAAAGUUAUUGCCUUUGAUCUUAUUUUGGAUCAAAUUGUUAGGUUUGUUUAGCUUUAGGACACAAAAUCUAUUUAACCAAUCAGAAGGUUUGGUUUAAUUAGUUACACAAGUAAGUGUCGGGAUUGAACCUUUAACAAAUAACCAACAUUAAAAUUUGAUAAAAAUUAAAAUAUAAACAAUAUUAUAUUUAAUAUUUAUGACCAUUUCAUGGAAAAGAAUUCUAGAAAUAAAAUUAACAAUAAUGAAAUAAGUACCAUACUGUGAUUACUGAUAAUUGCUAUUAUUUACAAAGGAAGAGUUUAUUUCAAAAGGUGGUUUUUUUAAUCAAUUUAAGAACUGAUCUUAUUCUUCCUUGUAUUAAACGUGUUCUUACAAACAAUAAAUUUGUCUCAAACCAAGGUAAGAAAGAGAUAUAUCUAAAUUAUUUGAAAUUAUGACUAAAUAUACACAAUAAUUAUUUAGUUGAAUGUGUUAUUACAUCCUAUCUAAAAUUAUUUAUCUUAAGUCUUCUUUUCUAAGUUAGGUCACAAAUGUUGUACAAUAAAUGCACAAAAUAACACAAGCUGAUGCACCAAAUCAUAGUUAUUUACACAGCUUUGGGGAAAACUACCUAUUUCUUCUAGUUAUUCUUUUGAAUUGCAGUAUAUUUCACAGAUCACUGAGUAUGUUAUUAUUUAAAUUACUUAGCUGUUAUGUUUUAUUUUAAAUUUGACCAUGUUGUUAAAAACGUUGUACAUAAAAUAUAUAUAAUAUGUAGAAAGUGCGUUAGCUUAUCAGGUUUGUAUCAUAUUGCAAACAAAUAGUCUUGGUUUUAAAAUAUGUAUCCAAAUUUUUAAGAAAAGUAAUACUACAGUAUCGACACUCACCGACCUCUCUUUCCAACUGAUUGCGAUACUACAGUAUGAUGUGUAAAAUAAACAUUACAUCUUGGUGCUA